UUAUGGGGCACUCAACAAGGUGGUAGCUAAUGGAUGCAACUCAGCAGAUCCUCGAUGACUCAAUAUUGGAGUCAGAGGAGGAAGAGGAGGAGGGUACGAGAGGAGAGCCACUGGCUAAACUCAGAGUGUUCAAGAACUUGCACAUCCCUGAGACAGAGCUGCCUCUCUACUUGGGAGAGAAUGUGUUGGGUCGAGAUCCUACCACCUGCUCCCUACCGCUCCUCGCUGGCUCUGUAUCAAAGCAGCACACCAUCAUCUCCAUCUCCGUCUCCCGUGGCAAAGGUUGUCGUGGCAACGCUGCCAUGGAAGCGCUGGUGUGGGACCUGGGCAGCAUGAACGGAACACGUAAAGGCAGGAUCAAACUGACCCCUCAUGUCCGGUACGCUCUCAGCGAGGGAGACGGUGUGGUGGUAGCUGACAUCCCAUGCCAGUACACCAGCUGCCCUGUGGACAAAAUGGCAGGCCUCAGAGACAAGCAGAGCCCUGGGAAGAAAGCCUCUGGGAGGAGAGCCCAGGUGGGGGAAGUGAAGGGGAAGGACCAUCUCAGAGAGAGUCUCCGGAACCAAAGUCGGGGACCAGACACCAGCACAGACGCGGAGGAAAACGUCAACGGGGCGAUUGAUGAAACACCUGUUGUGGGUUCGUCAACAAAGCGUAAAACGCCGUCCCGGACUGAGCCGCUGUCUUUGGGAAACGGAGCACCGCAGCCAGAGGAGACUCUGGUGCCUGCGUCCGACUCCGAUUCUGAUGGAGAACGAGAGCAAAGGAGAAAGAGAAAUCAGACGUUCAUAGUGUCAGAUUCAGACUCUCACAGGUCCAGUCCCAACUGUUCAACAUUCCUGAGUCCAACAAGCCAUGUCAUUCCUGAGAGCCCCAUCACUCCUUCCUCUUCCGCUCAACACAAACCCAGUAAAAGAGUCAUCUUCAGUGAAGAGGAGAAAGAGGCUGAUCUAGUGAGACAGCAGCCAAGCAUCAAAAGGGCACAGGUGAUUGUGGAUGACAGCGAUGAGAAGCAGGAGGCGGAAGAGAGAGAGAAAGGAAGAGUGGCACCAGGAGAACGGGAGAUUGAGCCAAUAACAAGCGGAGAACCGGAAGUGUCUGUGGAGCAGUCAAACAACGUCAGCGUUUCAACAGAAGACGAAUUACCUGUCAGGUUUGAGCUGAACAUGGACAGUGACACUGAUGUGGAGGGGGAGGAGGACGCGGGGCCCUCCGGCCCUGCAGGUAUCCAGGCUCCUGUGAUCUUGAAGGAAGCGGCUCCACUCCCAACACAUCUAGAAACAGACCCUGAACAGUUCCACAUGGACAGCGAUACUGAUGUGGAGGACGACGAGACUUCGGAAAACGUCUCAGAUCCGAAACCUUCCUCUGACGGCCAUAUAUCACCUGAUCGUGCUCCAGUCAUACCUUCCUCUGAUGGCCGUAGAUCACCUGAUCGUGCUCCAGUCAUCCACCCGUUGGACAUCCAUCCAGACAGUGACACAGAUGUAGAGGAAGAUGAUGUGACGUCAAUCAGUGUUACCAGGGUAAUGUCCACAUCACAUCAGGCAGACACACCAGCUGACCAUCCCUCCCCAGCCCAGCCAAUGGGAUUCCACCUAGACAGUGACACGGAUGUAGAGGAUGAAGAAGAUAUGGACUCCAGAAAAGGAGACACAACUUCUGGAACAGAGGAAACUCAUUCCAGAACAGCUCCAGAUUCUAGGUCGUCCACCGCAGCUUUCGAGCUGCACUCUGACAGUGAUGAAGAGAACAUUUUAGAUACUUCCAGUGGUAAACCUACAGAUGUUGCUUCUGACACAAAACCAUUAACCGCAUUAGACCCAAGAGCUGAAGACCUGGAGAUCUUAUCUGAUUCUGACCUGGAGGAAGAUGCCUCUAUAAUCUCUACAGCAACAAAGCCUGUAUCAUCAUCAUCACCACCAGCCAGGAUUCCAUCAGCUGCCUUGGCAAACGCUGGUGUUACCACGACGACCACACUUGAUGUGUCUGACUCUGACACGGACACAGAGGCCCUGGAGGAGUUGGAGCCCAGGUCCUGCUCUGCGGGCCCUGCUGAGGGUCUGCCCGGGUCUGCUGAGGGUCUGCCCGGGUCUGCUGAGGGUCUGCCCGGGUCUGCUGAGGGUCUGCCCGGGUCUGCUGAGGGUCUGCCCGGCCCUGCUGAGGGUCUGCCCGGGUCUGCUGAGGGUCUGCCCGGGUCUACUGACUUCAGGAUGGACAGCGACACUGACGUGGAAGAUGAGGAGGCUGGUGCGGAGGGGGCUGGGGAGUCGCUGAUCCGAAGCCCGUCCAGAGAGAAGGCUCCUGGGGGGACAUCCUGGGGCGACUCUGCUCCCCCCCAGACGUGCUCCAUCGCUCCUCCAUCUACACUGGAGGAGAUGGAAACUCAGGACUUCCAUUGUUCUCCAGACCCCUUCAGACGCCCUUUCCCACCUGCAUUGAGGCCUGUGGUCUCCUCCUGCUCUGACAGCCAGGAGGACGACGACUUCCUCGUGGCUGAGACCCAGUCCUUCGUGUUAGAGGUCCGGGACCACCCAAGCAGUCUACCGGAAGACCCCACCGCCCUGGAUGCCACUCAGCCAUACGACCUGCAGCCCUCGGCCGCAGAGGAGCAGGAUUACCAGGGCGAGCAAGGCUUCCGCGAUGGCUCCUUCAAGCUGGGUCUGUCAAACAGCAGCAACCUCCAUAGCACCCCUCACGGGAAUGUGGAGCUGGAAAACACCCAGGCAUAUGGGAACACAACUUCCCAAGGAAGGGCUUUCCUGGAGGGGGGUUCCGACCAGGAGGCCACCCAGGCCUAUGGAGGUGACAGCAAGGAGUCCUCUCAGCGGUCAGGGAGGGGCAGGCAGGAGGACUUUGCAUUGGACGCCACGCAGGCGUAUGCUUCACUGCCCUGCGAGGAGGGGCGAGGGGAGGAGGAGGAAGAUGAGGAGUUGAGAAGCGUAAUAACCGCUGAGACCCUGCCCAUAGCCGAUGAUGAUGAUGAUGAAGAGGAAACACAGCCUCUGGAGAUCCCCGCUGCGACCGAACUUGCUACAGCUGAAACCGUGCCCAUGUCAGCCUGCGAGGAAGAGGAGGAUCUACUAGGACCCCAACCGUCUGUCCCACUGAGGCGAGGAAGGUCAAGAGGGCAUAAAGACAAUAAGGAAGAGGACACCCAACCUGGGCAGGUGACGACUCAGCAGAGCCUCUCUGAGACUCAGCCCAUGACAGACCCAGCAGAGGACAGCGAUGAUGAUGAUGAUGAUGAUGAUGAUGAAGAAGCCGUUGUAGGAACUCUGAGAAGAAGAAGACCUAGACCGCUGGAAGAAGAGGAGGAGACGCAGCUAAUCACUACCUCGGACCUUCUAUCGGCUGAAACCCAGCCCAUGUCCUCCCAUGAAACAGAGGAGGAGGAGGAAGAGGAGGAGGUCUCUAAACUGUCCGUGGUGAAAACAAGGGGGAGGCCUCAAAAAGCAAGAGAGGCCAAAGCUGUCCCAUGUGCUGUCAGCGGCAGACCUGCCAGAGGGAGGGUGACCAGGGGACAGAAGGAGGAGGAGAAGCUGGAGGACUGCAGCUCCGAACCUCCACGACAGACGAGAGGGAAGAGGAAGGUUGUGAAGACCAUCAGGACCAGGAGCAGCAGAGGGAACGCUGGGACUCAGGAGGAGGAGGAGGAGGAGGAGGACAGUGAGGAAGAGGUGGUUGAGCUGACCAGACGAGGGAGAGGUAGAAGAAGCGGGAAACGGCUCAAACAGGAGACUGAAGAACGAGAAAGACUGGAGAGGGAACAGAGGGAGAGAGAGGAGGUGAUCGAACUUGAGAGGAAGGAACAAGCUGAGAAGGACAGAUUGCGAAAGGAAAAAGAAGAGGCGGACAGGAAAGAGGCCGAAAAAAAGGAAAGGAUGGAGAGAGAGACGAGGGAACUGGAGGAAAGGGAGAGGCUUGAAAGAGAAGAGCAGGAAAGACUAAAACAGGAGGAGAGAGAAACGUUGGAGCGUGAGAGGAAGGAAAAGGAAGAAGCAGAAAGACUGGAAAAGAUAAGGGAGGAAAAAGAAGAGGCAGAAAGAUUGGAAAAGAUAAGGAAGGAAAAAGAAGAGGCAGAAAUAUUGGAAAAGAUAAGGAAGGAAAAAGAAGAGGCAGAAAGAUUGGAAAAGAUAAGGAAGGAAAAAGUAGAGGCAGAAAGAUUGGAAAAGAUAAGGAAGGAAAAAGAAGAGGCAGAAAGAUUGGAAAAGAUAAGGAAGGAAAAAGAAGAGGCAGAAAGAUUGGAAAAGAUAAGGAAGGAAAAAGUAGAGGCAGAAAGAUUGGAAAAGAUAAGGAAGGAAAAAGUAGAGGCAGAAAGAUUGGAAAAGAUAAAGAAGGAAAAAGAAGAGGCAGAAAGAUUGAAGCAGGAAAGGGAAGAGCGAGAGGAAAAAGAACGAUUGGAGCAAGAAAGAGCAGAAAAAGAAGAGAAAGAAAGAUUGAUGAAAGAAGAGAAGAAAAGGUUGGAGAGGGAAGAGAAAGAAAGAUCAGAGAAGCAGUUUGAAAGAGAGGAAAGGGAAAGUAUGGAAAAGAUAAAGGAAAAAGAAGAAGAAGAAAGACUGGAACGGCAAAGGCUGGAGAAAGAAAGAACAGAGAGAGAGCUGGCAGAAAACAAAAGAUUGGAAAAAGAGCGGGAAGAAAGGCUGGAAAUGGAAAAGAAAGAAAAAGAAGAGAGAGAAAGAAAGGACAGAGAAAAGAAAGAACAGGAAGAGAGAAAAAGACUGGAAGAAACAGAAAAGGAAAGAAAGCAGACGAACGAGGAGAGACGGGAUAAAGAAAACGACGACAGCGCCGCCAAAACAUCCACAAGGACUCGAAGGGCAACCAGCAGAAGGACCGCCGCUGAUCCACCAACCGCCGAAGCUGAACCUGCGGUUCCACCCAGCGCGGGCGUCCAGAGGACCAGAUCUCGCUCCACCUCAGUCGGCUCUGAGCAGUCCACCUCCAGUGUUUCCACACGGGAGAGCAGGGGGAGAGGCCGAGGGAGAGCAGGGAGGAACGGCUCCCCACCGGCCUCCGCCGACCCUCCCCAACCCGGCGCCAAUAGGAGGAGGAGGAGGAAGACGCUGUCUAGCACCGUGGAGGUCACGGUGAGGGAGCUUCUCUCCGGCGAUGUUCCCGCCCGGAGAACACGCUCUCGCUCCAACUCCACCAGCUCCCUCAGCUCCGAGGUCUCCGCCUGCAGCGUGAGCUCCCAGGGCCGAGGAAGAGGGAGGAAGACGGAAACUACGUCCGAGAGAGACUCCCACCCUCCUCUGAGCAGCCAGGAUGACCAGGCCUCAGCCCCCAAGCCCACAGCCAGGGGGAGGAGGAGCAGGAAACCAGAGGAGUCCCAAGAAAUGGCUCCUGAAGUUGGUUCUCAACCCGACAGCGAGAAGGCAGAGUCUCAAGAGCCGGGCUCCACUAGGGGGCGACGAAGAGCCAAGAAUAGAGACGAGCCUUCUGCGGCAUCUGCUGAGGAAGAACAAACGUCCCAGGUGGCGGCAGGAGCCAGAGAACACCUCCAGUCUAAAGGUAGAGGCGGGGGAAAGUUCCAGAAAGAAAUCAAACCUGUAGAGGCUGAAAGUUCGAGAGGAAAGGGGAGAAAGAGGGAGUUGGAAAAGGAUGAAGAGGAGCUGGAGGAAGUAGUGGAAAUGAAGUUCAAGAUUCCCCGGGGGAAGGCCAGGGGGCAGCAAGGAGGGGGAAGGGGGACUGGGGGCAAAGACGAAGAGAAGGAAGACAUCGUGGAGAAAGAGGAGCAACCUGCUCCCACCGCUGUUGGUAGGAAAGGUAGAACGUCCUCCGCUCAGGGAAAGAAGAAGAGAGAGACAGAAGAGGCCACACAGAAGGAUGGAAGUGAGAGCCUGGAGGAGGGAGGGAAUGGCGUGCUGGAGACCAAAGCCAGAGGGAGUCUGUCUGUGCCCCAGGGAAAGAGCGAGCCGGAGGAGGAAAGUACGUCUUCUUCCAACACUGUGGACCAGCAUGCCGGUUCAGAAGAGAUCCCCACAGCGAAGACGCCUCGUAAGCGAGCAGCCCCUCUGGACUCCCCCGUAGCGAAGGCCGCCCGGCUCUCCUCCUCCUCCUCCCCCGCGUCCUCGCAGGGGUCCCCUGCGUCUGCGCGACAAGCCCGGGCCGCCGGCCAGACCGUCAAGGUUUUGUUCACCGGGCUGGUGGAUGAGGUGGGGGAGAGGGUGGUGUCUCGCCUGGGGGGUAGCAUGGCGAGGGGCGUGGCCGACAUGACCCAUCUGGUGACAGACAAGGUGCGCCGCACGGUCAAGUUCCUGUGUGCCAUGGCAAGAGGUGUUCCUGUCGUCACCACCGAUUGGCUGCACAAGAGUGGGAAAGCAGGAAGCUUCCUGUGUCCUGAUGGCUUCCUGGUGAAGGAUGCAGAGCAGGAGAAGAAGUUCAGCUUCUGUCUCCAGGACUCACUGAGAGCUGCCAGCCAGCAGCGUCUCUUACAGGGCUAUGAGAUCCACGUGACCAGGUCUGUGAAGCCAGAGCCAGCCCAGAUGAAGGACAUCAUCUCCUGCAGCGGAGCCCAUUUCCUCCCCAAGAUGCCUUCCGCUCACAAGCCUCAGACGGUGGUGGUCUCCUGUGGGGAGGACCAGGCGUUGUGCGCCCCUGCCCUCGCUGCCUCUCUGCCUCUCCUCAGUGCUGAGUUCCUCCUCACAGGUGUCCUCCAGCAGACGGUGGACCUACAGGCCCACGCCUUGCCCGUCUCCACCAAGCCCCAGGAAGGGGGGCGGGGCACCCUGCAGGCCCACGCCUUGCCCGCCUCCACCAAGCCCCAGGCAGGGGGCCAGGGGCGGGGCAAGAAGAAAUCGUGACGUUAGGCCCACAAAGCGACCAACCGCCCAUGUGACUGAAUAUCAUAUAAUAGAAAAUAGCCUGAUGUAUAUACACACACACACAAACACCAGGGCUUAUAGGACUAGACCCAGACAUUAAAUGAAGAGGUAUGGAUAUGUCUCUAUGUGAAACCGUAUAUAAUCUCUAUACCCUGUGAUGCCAUUGAUGAUUGUGUUUUUAUAACAAUAUGAGAAGAUUCUUUUUGAUGGGACAGUUUGAGAACAUGCAGAGAAUUGUGGGGGAAGUACUGUAACCUAAUUGGGCCAAUGAAGAAUGAGAGAGGUAGAGGGGGUUUAUGACAACACUGAUAAAAGAUGAAUAUCAUCUAUCCCUUCCAAUCCUUCGUCUAAAUCAUAGGCUAGACAUAGUGUCAGUUAUUGCGAUAAAAUUUGUGCCUAUUUUAUGAGCCAUCGAGAGAGAUUUACACCAUCAGAUACGUUGAAAGUAAGCCAUUUAUUAUCUCCGUUAGUUUGACAAACACCGCGUGUUAAUGCUGCUCGUUCAUCAAUUUUGACAUAGGAUGUUUACAUUUGAAAUAAAUAUUUUGUAGCGA